UAUAUUUAAAAUUUUGCCCAAAAUGGCUAAAAUGUGUUCAACAUCUCUAUUACUAAUACUUUAUUACUAGUUAUAGAUUAAAAUUUAUUUAUUUAUACGACAUUUGUCACAUAUCUCAAAUCUUUCACAAAAAGUAAAGAUUUUGAUAUAAAUUAUUUACAUUAUUUAACUCAAAAUGAAAUCAGCUUUACUAAGAAAAUUCAGUAUAUAUAUAUAUAUAUGUAUAAAGAUAAAAAAAUUUGUUAUCGACAAAAAAUUAUAAUUAUAUUUUGAAACAUUGCCAAAAGAGUCAUUAACAUAUAUUCAACACCUCUAUUACUAUAUGUAGAUUUGAAUUUAUUUAGUUAUAUAUAUAUAUAUAUAUAUAUAUAUAUGUUUACUAUUAACUUAAUUCAACCCUUAACACAAUUUUGAAAGAUUUAGAAUAAAAUUAGUUGCGUUAUUUUUAUUUCAAAUGAAAUUAUCUUUACUAAGAAAAAUUAAGAAUAUACGUAUAAGGAUAAAUCUUUUGGUCAAAAUAUAAAAAUUAAUCAUUUUGACCAAUUUUUCGAUACGGACAAAAAAUGGGAUUAUAUUCUAAAAUUUACUAAGACUAUUAAAAUGUAUUAAAUAUCUCAAUUAUUAUUCAUAGAUUUUAAUUUAUUUAUUAAUUGGUACGAAGACUAAACAAAAUAGAAAUGAAGUAAUAUCUUGGUGAAGAUAAACCAAAAAAGUGUAUAAAUACUAGUCCCUGGUAUCAGAUUUGAAGAAAACAUAGCAUUGCUUUCCCUUAAUUAAACCCCCAAACAUGCAAGUUUAAACAAUAGAAAAAAAUAUUUCCAACCUUCUUGUCACAAAAAAAAAAACAUGUCGACCAAUGAGACUUUAACUGAUUCGCAACUUCAAAUGGUUCCCGCCUAUGGCUCUUCUUCAGACAACAUGAGCGACGGCGAAUCCUCUCGUACGGCUUCGUACAAUGAUCUUGUCCAAAACCCUAAUCUUUUCUUGGACAAGCUCCGUGAUUUUCUCGAAAAAAUUGGCAAAACUCUGGAGUUUCCUACUGUGUGCGGAGAGAGUCUGGAUCUGCAUCAGCUUUUCGUGGCGGUCACAAAACGAGGUGGUCUUCAAAUGGUGAUCAAGAAGCGUAAGGCCAAAGAAGUGACUGAAGCAUUUAACUUGAAGAAACCAUUGACCAACGCAGCAUAUGUUGUAAGGAGGAUUUAUCGGAGGAUGCUCCUUGAAUUCGAGCAUGUGUAUUUCUUUGGACAACCACUUUCUUCAUUCUGGGAGAGAGAAGAAGAUGUGAAGCGCCUUGUGGAGAACGGUGUACAUGACCAAGGUAUACAACUUGGCUCCAUGAUUGAUGAAUGGAUCAUCGAUGGGAAGUUUGACGACGGCUAUCUUGUGACCGUAAAGAUGGGAUCACAGGAGCUCAAAGGAGUGCUUUACCACUCUGCUACUCGCGAAACUCCUCGAAGACGCAAGAAGAAAGCAAAACUGUCUCAUGUGGAUUCUUUGCGCCCUAAGUUCCGCAGAAGCGGUUAUAACUUCUUCUUCGCCGAGGAACACAAGAGGCUUAAGACUGCGUACGCUGGGCAGGAACGUUCCCUCCUCAAGGAGAUCGGGAACAAUUGGAGGAACCUCUCUCCAUCUGAUAGAGAGAUUUAUCAAGGAAAAGGGGCUGAGGAUAUGGAGAGGUACAAGACGGAUAUGGCUGCGUACAAAUCCUUCGUUGAUUCUUAUGCGGCGGGAAGUGUUGCUGCGACUGAUGAUGCUGUGGCUGAGGCUGAAGCUGAGGGUGAAGGUGAGGAUGAAGCCGAGGCGGGUCUCUAGUCUGUCUUAUCUGCUUGCACCUUUUUUUUAUUUUUCAGCAUUUUAUAAUUUAAUAAUAAGUUGUACAGUUGGCCAUAAAUUUACAUGCGUGUAAUCUUUGCCAACUUUUACAUAAGUUGUUGUUGUCUUUCCUUUGUUCUUUCUGUUUUUCUGUUUCCCUUUGAGAACUUUUAAUUUAAUCAUAAGUUAUUUAACUUUCUUAGUAUUUUAUUUCUGCAAUUUUUCUUAUAAUUUUAUAUUAACAUCAAUUUUAUGUUAAGGAUAUUAGCAGAGAAAAUGGAGAUUUUUGUGUGUGCCCGCGUUGGUGGUUUUUGUAGUAUUAUGGUUUUAAAACGCGCUGAAAAAGGGAUACCCUUCUUUUUUAAUAGUUGUUUAUUUUUAUUUUCUAGUAUUAUGAUUUUAUCCUGGUUGUUUUUUCUAAGUUUCUCGGGAUAUUUUCGUUUUCUGCCGGCUUUUGUAAUCAAAAAGAUAUCUGUUUUGCUCCGAACUUCAUUGUUAUAUAUGGUUAGCGCAGAUUAUUCGGCGGGUUCUAGAGUAAAAUUUUCAGAAAGGAUCUCUUCCGUAACAGUUUUAACCAAAGAAAAAGAUAUAUCUUCAUCUGAAGAACUUUUAUCGUGUAAACAAUGAAGUUAACUGCAGCCCGUUGUGAUGUGGAAAAAAAAAUUGAUUGUUAAAAAGCGCGGAACAAGAUCAUUGUAAUAACAAUGUAUUUGCAACAUCCAACAAAAUUUCGGUAUGGACUUCAUCAUUGAUGUAACUUGUAGUUAUAUUUGUCAGAUCAUAUUUUCUAAAGGAUUAUAUUGUUUCUCAAGAGCUUGUUUUGGUUUUUUUGAUGUGAUGUAUCAUAUCAACAUUUAUGUUAAUGUCUUUGAUAGACAAUAUUGAAUAAAUAAAUUUUAAACAAAAAAAGGCAUGAUUUUAGCCAUAAUAUAAUACGUACUGAAUUAAAUUGGGUACAAUAAUGAAAUGCAUAUCAAAAAAAUGAAUAUGAAUAUAAUAAAAUUUCUGAAAUCAGUGGAUUAGAGAUUUUAAUAUUUUCAUGAAAAUAUCUAACACCAUAUCCAACUCAUUCCUAUUUUAGAGAUUUAUAUGAUAGAAUAAGAAUGUUAUAAUUUUUUUCCAUUUAUUGAAAAAACUAUUUUCCUUUUAUAUAUAGAAAUUAAUCUAACAUUCUUCUAAAAACAGAAGGAAAUAUAUAUGCCAUUGAAUACAUUGAAACAAAAUCUAAUCUUAUUUUGUCCUAUCUUAGAGAUGAGUUGGAAAUGAUGUAAGCAGUUAAACAUCUAUAUUAUUAAAAUUAAAGUACUUUUGUGAAUUGUUUGGAAACAUGGAGAGCGGUAUAAAAAAAGUAUAAUAUUGUUUAGAAACAUGAAUAUCAAUAUUUUUUUUGUCAUCAUAUACAGACUCAUACUGACUUUGUGAACCAAACUGGUAACCCUACAUCCAUGUGCACGGCGAAAGACGAUUGUUAUCAGUAGGCUUACGUUAUUUAGAAAAAUUAGAAGUACAUUAUAUUAUGAGAAACUAUCUAUAUAGACCAGUUUUAAAAUAUACGAAAAUAAUCCAGUCUAAUUACUUAAAAACAUUUUUUGUCUAAAAUAAUCAUUA